CUCACCCAUCAUCAGUUAGGUUCCGAUAACGGUCUCGCCUGCCCAAUGUAUGUACUGUGUAGUUCGCGCAUACACUCCGUCCGCGGUGGAUGUGAUGAAAAUGUAGGUAGUGAGAUGCAUGUUUAGCUCAGCUGUGAAUCUCGUCUCGUUUUUUCGGUGAUAUCCAGAUAUUCAUUAGUGUUUGAACGAGGAAGUUUCCAUAGUAGCGUAGCGAGGUGAAAAGUUGUUAAUUUGAUUGUUUUCGAGGCUACAUCAAGAGGAAAACUAUCCGAAUCUUGACGAGCGAUCCGUUGAGAAUUCGAUCGGAGUAGAAGCUGCAGAUUAUUACAGUAGCAGGAGCCUGAAUAAAAGUGCACAAAAAGAAAAAUCAUUUUCCGAUUUUCAUCGAUUUUCUCCUCGCUUGUACUGGUGCUGUCAGAGGCUUGUGUGAGAAAUCUUAGUUGACAUGCUAUCCACGUGAUUUUUGUGGUGCUAAUCGAUACGUUCCAGCCAUUUCAUCCUUCUCGGAAUCAUCAUCUGACAUCCAUUCAUAAGGCUGUGACAAACACCACAAAUACACGCACAAUUACGGCACCGCAAAUGUGAACACAAUAAUGUACCAGCUUAGAAAAUGCUCUCGAAGGAAUCUCCUGCUCAUGCUGGCGCUGGUCGUCGGUUACGCUCUGGUAGCUUACGUGAUCAGCAGCCGGGACUACGUGGACAAUCGAGAGAAAAUAAGUCUGAUCGAAGAAUCGAUUCAAUCACUCGCCAAUCAAGGCGCUUGCAAAAUGCCAUCGCUCCCUGUCGAUUCACCGGAAAUACUCAGUUUCCUAAAGGAUGAACCACCGGUUGAAUGUGGCAAUGAAAAUGACGACUGGGUUUCUUGUCACAAAUCCAUUUGCACAAUCAAACCGGAAGUGGUGAAAGCGAGAGGCAAAAUCACUUGCAAUUUUGCCGACAUUAUUCGAACCGAUGACUACAAGUUCCAGUACGCGCCAGCAGUGCGAUCGACCCAGCAUUACGUACUGCGGAAGAGUGACUUUGCUCGUGCUCAAUGUUGGACCGAAAGCCACGUCCGCUGGACUGGGAUAGUGAUAGGCGUUCGAGAGGAGCCAGCACUACGCAGUCGGCAGAGCUGGAGCAAGCAGGGUGCGAUCAACGUUCUUAUGAUGGGCUUCGAUUCACUGAGUAGAAAUGCUUUCAUAAGAAAACUACCAAAAACCUACAAGUAUCUGACGAAAUACCUGAAGGCUGAUGUUCUGCAAGGAUACAAUAUUAUAGGUGAUGGAACACCACAGGCUCUUAUUCCGUUAUUGACGGGAUUUACCGAGCUUGAGCUACCAGAAACUCGCAGACGUAUGGCUAACUCGGAAUUUGUUAACGUGUACCCAUUCGUGUGGAAUGAGUACGAAAAGUACGGUUACGUCACAGCAUUCAACGAGGAUGUACCACACAUAGGUACGUUCUCGUACCGUCUAAAUGGUUUCGAAUCUCAACCAACGGAUCAUUACAUGCGCACCUACUACCUGUCAAUCGAAAAUCAGCUGUCAUAUUACAAGAGAUUAUGCGUCGGAGCACAACCUCGCCAUAAGGUGAUGCUAGACUAUACCAAAGAAUUUAUGCUAAGCUACCCCACGAAUCCACGGUUCGUAUUUAGUUUCCACGGAGAACUUUCACACGAUUCGAUCAACCUGAUCGGUGUGGCGGACACCGACAUCACCAACUGGUUGGUAGAACUGAAACAGUCGGGGGUGCUGAACAACACGGUUAUGAUCAUGAUGUCGGAUCAUGGAAAUCGAUUUGCCGGGGUUCGAAAUACACUGCAGGGCAAGCAGGAGGAGCGAUUACCGUUCUUCAGUUUCAGUUUUCCGGAGUGGUUCAAACGUCAGUAUCGGGAGCAGUAUAAGAAUUUUCAGAGUAAUCUCGACAAACUGGUGACACCGUUCGACGUGCACGAGACGUUGCAGGAUAUUUUGACUCUUCAAACGCUGAAAACAAAACAGCGACCGCCCCACACCCGUGCCAUCUCGCUAUUCGACGAAAUACCCCAGAACCGGUCCUGUGCCGAUGCGUACAUAGAACCACACUGGUGUGCCUGUAUGAACUGGGAACCGAUCGAUGAUACCGCAUCGGAACCCGUGUUCCGUUCGGCCAUGGCCAUUGUAGAUUUCAUCAACAAGUACACGGAACAGCAUCGCAGUAUCUGCGUCACACUCAGUUUGGACGAGAUAAAAUGGGCGGCUAAACUGUCCCCUCAUAAGGAUCUGGUCAACUUCAGGAAGAACAAGGAUACCGACGGGUAUAUUGGAGAUUUUAGUGGCUCCGCGACGAAGAUUGUACACGAUAUGUACCAGGUGAAGUUGGUGACUAGGCCGGGCAAGGCGAUCUACGAAGGUAGUGUGUUGCAUGAUAUUGCAAAAAAUCAGUACCGAGUAAAGCUAAGCGACAUUUCGCGGAUCAAUAAGUACGGAUCGCAGGCCAACUGUAUAUACGAUAAGGAUCCGGAGAUGAGGAAGUAUUGCUACUGUAAAGGUUAGGUGAUAACCAACAGGGGUUACCAUAUAGUUUGUAAAAUGAACAGUUCGAGUCAGACCUUUAGUUUUUAGUUACCGGAUUCUUUUAAGCAUAAAACGCAAUCCAUGAAUCUCAGCGAGACUUAAAGCACAAGAAAUAUUUUGUUUAAAUAUAAGCUCAUAAGAAAAGAAAAUCACUCAACAAGUUUUUAUAUGUGUAUAUUGAUUAGAAGAUUUCUAAUAUUAGAUAUAUACUGUGAACAGGUUUGCAGCUAGUCGUUUCACUGAGAACAAAUGCUAAUUAAAAUAAACUGUUCAUAAAUGUAACCAAACAUACAGAACUGUUACCGUGUGUGCAAAGUAUUUGAUACCAAGAAUUGAAAUAAACAUGUUACCGAACGUUAGCAUAGAUUAAAC